UGCCUUUAGUUGGCGUCGGACAGCGUGUAAUCAGCUCGUGCGAUUCUUGUGGCGCGUGUCACACGUGAAAAAACGGAUUUGCGGUACUGAAAGUGAUUUCGUGGGAAAAAAGGUGCCAAACGAUUUGCUUGAAGUUGGGGGGUGAUUUUGAAAUUUCUCCCGGUGAAUCGAAGGUGGAUGGCGCGAGCCAAGUGAGGAUCGAUUCAAUCAAGCGAUAUCAAUUGAGUGAAGUGUAAUGAAAACCGCAAGAUUGCUCAGGUGAAAUGUAUAGUGUGGGUGUGAACAGUGGCGAACUGCAAUUGGAUUAAAGUCAUUUUCAGGAACACCGGAUCCCCGGAGGUGUUAAGAGCAAAUUAUGGCCGUUUAACUGCUGCCUUGGAAGGUGUCUUUGAUUGGACUAAAUAGUGCCUGCGAAACUGCCGAGUCACCAAUCCAUCAAAGCAAUUAUCUUUGAAUAUCAUCGAAAUUGUAAUUCCAGAGUGGAGAAUUGAUUGAAAUCGUACGCGUGGAACGUGCAUUGAAAACAGUACCAAUCGUUCCUAGUGACGCACCCCCUAAAAAUUUAAUUGUACUUGAACCCAGUGAAAAGUAAGAACGAAUCGGAAAAAAGUGCCAAUAAUAGGUCUGAAGUGCUUUCGAGUAAUAUUUUUAAGUGAAUAUCUAUUAUGAGUGACUUUGCCAGUCAUUGCUUGCCCCAAGAAACCCGUUCUUGAGACAAAUUCCCGCCGCGAAUGGGUUAAUCCAUUAAUAAUUAAUUAUAUUGUGAGUGAACAAGAUGUGAGGAGGCAAGUGAUGGACGACAUCGGCGACAUCAAUCAUCUGCUUAGCAUUCAAAUGAGCACACGACACGCCACUAAUCACGAGGCCCAACAUAAUGGAUGCAUAUGCAGAACCUCACGAAAAAGAUUGAGUAUCUGAUUGCGGACGUGGUGCUGGGCUCACCUGAGCGGAUCUAGUGCGACGGCAUCUUUGGCCCGGGAUUCUCUUGUAACUGAUUGUGUAUCGGACCCGAGGCAGGCAUAUGUGAUAAAUAUUAAUUGUUCUUCAUAGCGAAUUACUUCUACUCGUCGAGAAAUGCCCCAGACGGUUCUCAUGGCCUGCGACGCUUCGGUGGCGGGCAACCCACCUUUGUUUGAAUCCGUAUCCUGUGACGUUCUAAUUUAGAUUGAAAGUUUUCUGCAACCGCUCUGAGUGCAAGGACCACAAUAACAGUACCGGGAAAAGGAGUGCAGUGUGUUGUGUUUCGUUAUAAACCUGUCCACUUGCCGGCGAACUAUUGCAUUUUAUCGCAUCCGUGUGCACCGACCCGAUACGCUUGCCGAGAGGGUAUCUCUCCCUCGGUUUCAUGACAAAGUGCAAAAAAUAGAUGUGUCUCGGAUCUUAUGGCCAACAGAUAAAAGCCUCGACGUUGUUGCCGAGAAAUGGUGUAAUAAUGUUUUUGUAGGAAUUUGUGUGGCGCGGUGACGGCUAUUUUUAGGGGAGCCAGCGAAGGGGCGACUACUACUGCGGGAUCGGCUAGCGGCCAGUAUGGCUUCGGUCCAAAUGUUGUCCUUGUGGUUACGAUAUCCAAUAACUUGGUGGAUUAUAUUGUUGCUUCCAACGUCGGUACUCCCGGAAACCAUUUACCGGGUGGAUCCAUUAGCUUUGCUGUCAGCUACGCUGAGGACCUAUCAGAGAGCAGGGUGUGACACGGAGCAAGUAUCCUUGAGCUGCCCACGAGGUACCAGCAUAUCGAUUGAGCUGGCCCAGUACGGACGAGCUGGCGACAUAACAGACAACAGCCUGUGUCCAGCCACGUCGGAGGACGAAACCACUGCGAUGUUGGAUCAAGUGCAUAGCGGCACCGAAAUCGAGGUUAAACCAGCUGAAAGCUGCUCGUGGCCGAAUGCCUUACAGUACGCUCUCCUUCAGACCGUGGUGGAGGCAUGCCAAAAGAAACGUCAUUGUAAGUUCGCGGCGCCUUCCAAGUCAGUUACCGGAGACCCAUGUCCUGGAGUGCGGAAAUUCAUAGAGAUCGCUUACAAAUGCCGUCCAUAUGAAUUCCGGAGCAAGGUGGGCUGCGAGAACGACAUGAUCCAGCUGAUGUGCAACCCAUACUCUAGGAUAGCAAUCUACGAAGCAACUUUCGGACGAACGGAGUACGAGAGUGUGCAAUGUGCUCAGCCGCAAGGAGUCAAGGAAGAAACAGCAUGCAAGGCAUCGUAUGCCACCGAAACGGUUAUGCAAAUCUGCCAUGGCCGAAGGAGAUGCUCCCUUUCAGCCGACUCUGGAACAUUCGGAAAGCCUUGCCGUUCUGACUCCAGGAUGUAUCUAAAAGUAGUUUACACGUGCAUACCGCGGAAAGUUCUCAAGGAUCGCUACGACACAUCACCGGAACCCGAUGAGCCGCAGCAGAGUGAGUUUGACAUAGACCAGGAUGAAUUAUACGAUGAAGAUCAGUUCUACAAGGAAUCCGAAGCAAUUCCACCAGCACCAAAGUUGCAAGGAGGUCUAUCUAACCCUGGACAUCCAUACGACUUCCCGGAUGAAUCUUCGAGUAGUGUGAUACCACCCUUGCUAUCGAGGAACGAUAAUAGCUUAGAAGAAGGACAGUUUCCUAAUGGAGAGCUAGGUGUCAAAGUUUCGGGUGAUUUUGACGGAAAUGAGACUCUGGGUUAUACGGAAAGUGUUGUUGGGGGUCUAUCGAUACCAUCUAGCACCACCACCACGGAAAGUUUUCUGAUACCGAAGCUCGCAAACGGUGACAUAUUUGGUCAUUUUGGAGAGACAAAUAAGGAAGGCGUAGAAAAAAUUGAGCAGUUCUAUUCAACUACGACUGCGAUAUUGCCAAAAUAUUUCAUUCGUCGUCGACAUCAUCAUCGUCAUCGACAUUCCGACGGUCCUAGAAAACUCUCAAAGGAGAAAGUUGUCGGGAAAAGUUUUGUCAAUGAUAACGAUUUGCUGAAUUCUACGGAAAGUGAUUUUAUGGAAGGGGCAAGGUUUGAAUUUGAGUGUUCGCCCGAUCCUUUUGAAAAUGGCGAACGCAUCGAAGUUAUUGGAUUUCUGGCCGAAUGGAUUCAGGCUUAUCUUUUCUUGGCACAGAACCAAGAACGUUUCUAUUUGUACUUAAUUGUCUCGGUGGCGGCAGGUGUACUUCUGUGCCUGAUUUUAGUUGUUGGUCGUUUAGUAAUUCACAAGCGACGACGAGCCAAGUCCGACAGUAAAUUCCAGCAAAGUUCGACCGGAGAAACACAGCUUCCCAACGGUUUCAGCGAUGAUAUCUCCGAAAUUGAUGCUGACAUCGAUUUAACUACACCACUGCCGGUACCCAGUGUCACUCGCAACGAGAACUACAUGACGUACACGCCAUCGCCGAGUCCUUACGGAGGCAGCCUGGCUCCAUCAAACGUUUCGCACACAUCAACAACAAUGCUUGUGCCCACAAGCAGUCUAAUCGUUAGCGGUGGGAGCCGGCAAGCGACGCCACCACCCAACAUGAUUCCCGGCGGUGGCCCAGUUUCCACAUAUAUGGGCCCACCGCCACCAGUCAGCGGACCAAUGGGUCCGCUAAUGCCAAUUAGCUCCGUGUCACAUCAUACGACAGUGCCGUCGUAUCUGCCCGGAGCAAUGAUGGUCAGCCACCACGGAACCCUUCGGCGUACAAUGGUGCCAGCUGGUUCUGCAACGGGCAUAAUGCCAUCGCCAUCCCCCACACCCCCACCCACCUCCCUCGGUGUGGUGACGCCGAACGUGUGCUACGAGGGAACGCUACCACGUAGUCUAAGUAGAGGAAUGCCCGAUAAUUCUCAGUACUACUAUGGAUGACACACACUGGGCCGUCGCGGUUCGAACGCUUCGUCGACCACCUCCAUAGGACCCUUACCUGCUUCAGCGGUAGCAACAACACCAUCCGGGAUUACAGUGGUGACGAGCAUCGGCCAGCCAACAGGUCAGGGUGUGCUCUUCAAUUUAGCUAAUCAACAAAAACUACAGCAGCACCAACACCAGCAACAAUUGCAGCAGCAGCCACCGCAGAUUCAGAUGCAUCCCCAGCAUCCCAAGCAAAUGCAGCAGCAACAACAGAAGCCUCUAGGAGCCAGUGCUGGUGGUGGUGGUAGUGGUAGUAAUGUGCAAAUGCGCCCGUCGGGCAGAACUUACUGUUUCUAGGAUGAAGUUUUCUACAAAGAGUUUAAUGUAAAAAAUAACAGACCCAGUGACGGUGAACUUGUUUAUUUGUGACUUGCGGGAGCAAUUAUGCCCCAAUUACUUACCAUGUCAUGGCAACAUGAAACAAAUAAGUAAAUUGAAUAAGUUGUUAAGUAAAAACCUUUUAGCCGAGUCUCGUUUUAAGUAAGGACAGUGCAGUGAAUACAGAUAGAAUCUCCUUUUGACUGACGUUGUAUAAUCCUAUUUUCUACGAAAAGUUAAACUGUAAAAUAUUAAUGAAAUUAAGAAGGUUUUUUAGCACCAAAGGCAGGGCGAACGGUAUUACUGUAAUACAUCUUCAAAAGAUAAAAGUAGCUAAAUUUGUAAACAGGUAAAGAGAAUGUUUAAGCAGAUACCCUUAUGUAUGAAUAGGCAAGUAUAGAAUGCAGAUAAUGUAAGAUAAAAUGAACAGGGUACGAAAUAAAAUCCCACUUGUUUGAGUUUAAGUA